AUGGCCAGCUACGACCCCUACGAUCGGGACUACGCCCGCCGUAACCAUGUGCGGGUGGAGCGGCGAGAGGAGCGUCGAGAGGAGCGAGAACCACGCGGCAUCGAAACGCGGGGUGACUACACCAAGCCUUAUGGAACUCGAGAGCUCGUCCCGAGGGCCCGUGAGGACAGUGAUCCAUCUGUCGAAGAGAUCCGCCGCGACUUCCCCCCGCCGAGCGGUAGGGAUGUUCGUCGAGCCCGCGCCACCGAGGUGCAGUACUACGAGGACGACCAGGACCAUCGCCGCGGAUACGACGCUCGCACCGAUGUUCGCUACGACGCCCGCUACGACGACCGCUACGACGCCCGCUACGACGCCCGCUACGAUGACGCCCGCUACGAUGCCCGAUACGACUCUCGCUACGACGCCGACCGUGACCAUGAUCGCCACGCGCGCCGAGACAGGGGUAGCCCCUACUACGACGAGGAGCGAAAGCCCAAGCACAGGACCAUGUCCAAGCAGGAGAAGAUCAUCGCCGCCGUGGCCGGUGCCGCCCUCCUCGCGGGAGGCAAAGAGCUCUACGACCGCCACGAAGCCAAGACGGCCGGCACCGACGUUCAGCGCAGCCCUCUUUCCUCGGCCGCCCUCGCCGGCUUUGGCGCCCUCGCGGCCUACCAAGGUGCCGAGUUCUACAGCAAGCAGCAGGCCCAGAAGGACCAGAGGGCCAAUUACAUCCUGCAGCGGGGACGCGACGGACCCGUGCACGACUACUAUUCCGACGACGACGACGACUCCAAGGAGCGCAAAGGUCACCGAAACUUCCUCGAGAGCGCCAUCGCCGCCACAGGCCUCGGCGCCGCCGUCAAAUCCCUCACCGGCGCCGCCGCCGAUGGCAAGAGCUCCGACGGCCGCAGCCGAGCCGGCAGCCCCGGAGGCUCCCGCGACGGAUCUGCCAACAAGAUUCAAAAGGCCGCCAUAGCGUCCCUGCUGGCGGGCGCCACCGAGGCCUUCCGCGUGGCCAAGGAGCCCGGAGGCUGGAAGGGGGAGAAGACGAAGCGAAUUCUCACCGCCGCCGCCGGUGCUGCCACCGUCGAUGCCGCCCAGAGCGACAAGCACGGCAAGCUGGGCCUCGCCGAGUCCGUCAUCGGCGGUCUCGUCGGUAACCGCUUGAUCAACGGGUCCAAGCGAGACAUUGAGGAGGACAAGCUGACGGGCCGAAGCCGGUCCCGCUCGCGUGCCCGGUCGCAGCACGGCACCGGCGCCAGCACGGGCGGGCUUGCGGCUUUGGCAACCGCAGGACUCGGGGCUCUUGGAGCGAAGAAGGUGCUCGACCGCUCAAGUUCUCGGGGCCGCGGCCGUCACGACUCGCGGAGUUCCUCACCGGACAGCCGUCGCCGCCGAAGCCGAAGCCGAAGCCGCAGCCGCAGCCGGAGCCGCAGCGUGGUUGACAGGGCGCGGAGCAGCUUGGCCAAGCUCGGCUUCGGGGGUGGCGCCGUUGCCGCCGUCGACGACCAUCGCCGACACGAGCAGGACGAUUUCGAGGAUCGCGGCAGCUCGCGACGCUCCCGCCACUACUCGGAUGACAUGUACGACGACGAGUCUCGCCAUGGUCGGAGCCGGGGCGGGGAUGUCGAGCCCGAUCGGUCGACCCGCGGCAGCCGGCGGCACGAGUCUCGGCACCGAGGCGGCACGAGCCACUCCGGUUACGGCUCAGGUUCCGAUCGAGGGAACUCGGACGAGGAGGAUAGGAGGACAGGGAAAAGAAGAGCGGCGAGCUCGGCGGAGGGUUGUCAAAGAGAAAUGGAACAAUGUCCCGGCCUAUCGGAGGUGAGCAAGCUCAAGCUCAAGCUGAAGACCGUCAUUCAAGAACCGACAUCCGUCGGCAUCGGUGUCUUGAGCAUUGAAGAGACCGUCAGCGAUAUGAAAAAGGACAAGAAUUGA